AUGUCAUUGUCCCGGUCACCCUCUCCCCGUCCGGGCGGAGGGUGGUCCACGCCGGGACUCAUCCUGGCAACUGACGCUGCCUCGCCCGGCACAUUCUCCCCGAACGGAACCUCGUGGGCCUCCGCCAAAGCAACACCCAAUAGAGUUUGCGGAUAUCCCUCUUUUUCAACGCGAAAUGCCGGCUUUUUCUCCCGUCACUGCGAUAGGUUACUCGCGCGCUGUACUGCACUUUGGCGAAGAUCUUCGCACGAAUACAUCGAUAAAGACGACGAUGGUCCAAAGUUCAGGCGCGCGGAUAGUCCCCGAGGCAGUCGUUGGUUCUCAGGACUUUUCAUGCGGCGGGGCAGACUUCGCCUCUUGUUACUGCUGCUCAUAGUGUGGAUCACAUAUCUGUUUUGCUGGUCAUCAAUCGUUCAGCUAUACCGUCGAUCGCCAAUCGGCGGGGCUCGCAAAUUCGUCAUCAUCCUCGGGUCUAACGUCGAGGGCGGUGUUAUGGAAUUGAAAGGGGCCCGCGAGUGGGCAAUUGAACGCAACAGUAUCUGGAACAAGAAAAAGUACGCGGCGAGAUGGGGCUACGAUCUGGAGCUGGCGAAUCUUCUUGCGAAGAAGCGCUACUCGCACGAAUGGCGAGAGAGCUGGGAGAAAGGUGAUAUCAUCCGAGAAGCCAUGCUCAAAUACCCACAUGCGGAGUGGUUUUGGUGGCUGGACUUGAACACAUGGAUCAUGGAAUACGACACAUCCCUGCAAUCACAUAUCUUCAACCAUCUGGAGUCGAUCGUUUACCGCGACAUAACAACCUAUAACCCCAUAAACAUUACACAUCCACUGCCGCAGUUCUGGCUUGAUGAAUUGGGACGCUCAGUCGACGGGGACGGCAACCCGGACUCUCUGCAAAUGCUUCUAUCGCAAGAUUGCGCCGGGUUCAAUCUGGGGUCAUUUUUCAUCCGCCGCUCUCUGUGGGCUGACCGACUCCUUGACGCCUGGUGGGAUCCCGUCAUGUACGAGCAGAAGCAUAUGGAAUGGGAGCACAAGGAACAGGAUGCCUUGGAAUACAUUUAUCAAAGCCAACCCUGGGUCCGGAGUGGAAUCGGCUUCCUCCCACAGCGAAGCAUCAACGCAUUUCCCCCGGGUGCUUGUGGAGAUCUAGACAAUCCGGUUUCACACUACCAACAGGAAGCUCGUGACUUUGUGGUCAAUAUGGCGGGCUGUAUGUAUGGCCGUGACUGCUGGUCUGAGAUCUAUUACUAUCGUGAGCUGAGCAAGUGGCUCAGCCGACCACUGUGGACUAGGUUCAAGGAUAGCGUGUUGGAUACAUAUGAUGGACUCCGAGGGAAGGCCAAGGAUGAUUGA